AUGGCUACAUACCCCCCUCUCGAGGACCGUCCCCUCAAGAACACCAUCUGCCUCUUUGACGUUGACGAGACGCUCACUCCUGCCCGCCGCCAUGCAUCCCCCGAGAUGCUCGACCUCCUCGCCCGCCUCCGCCAAAAGUGCGCGAUUGGCUACGUAGGCGGCUCCGACUUUUCCAAGCAGCAAGAACAGCUCGGCGACGCCUCUACUCCCGUCACCACUUUAUUCGAUUACUGCUUCUCCGAGAACGGUCUCACCGCCUUCAAGCUCGGUCAGCCCCUACCCUCCAACAGCUUCAUCAAGCACAUUGGCGAAGAGCAGUACAAGGAGCUGGUGCGUUUCGCCCUGCACCACAUCGCCGAUCUCGAUAUCCCCAUCAAGCGCGGUACCUUCAUCGAGUUCCGCAACGGCAUGGUCAACAUCUCCCCCAUUGGCCGUAAUGCUUCGAACGAGGAGCGCAAGGCGUUUGAGGACUACGACAAGAUCCACAACGUGCGACGUGACUUCGUCGCGAAGCUCCGCGAGAAGUUUGGGCACUUGGGCUUGACUUUCUCCAUUGGUGGCAUGAUCUCGUUUGACGUCUUCCCUACUGGCUGGGACAAGACGUACUGCCUCCGCCACCUCGAGAACGAGGCCAAGAAGGAGGGCGGCAUUACCUAUGACAAGAUUCACUUCUUUGGCGACAAGACGCACGAGGGCGGCAACGACUUUGAAAUCUACACCGACGAGCGCACAAUUGGCCAUGCCGUUGAUGGGCCCGAGGAGACCAUGCGCAUUAUCAAGGAGCUUUUCGACUUGUGA